GUAAUUUCGUAGCAUAACAAGAGUAUUUUCACGUUUAAAAAAACCCUAGAAAAACCCACUACCUUCGUCUCGCACGAAAUCGGCUCUCUGGUUCGCUCUCUGUUUUUCUGCAAUGGGGCGAAAACUCGAAGAAAAUCUGAAUUUUGGCGAAACAGAAUCCCUAGGAAUUGCAAUGGAAAAGGAAGACGACGAAAUUUAUGGCAUCAAAGCCGACGAGAUGAAGAAGGAGAAGAGGAAGAAGAAAAAGAUCAAAGGAGAGGAAGAAAAUCAAAACCUAGAUUUCUCAGAAUCCAAGAAGAAGAAGAAGAAGAAGCUCGAAGAAAGUCAAACCAUAGAGAUUCCAGAGAAGAAAAAGAAGAAGAGAUCGAAAGCGGAGGGUUCUUCCGAAGAAGGAAAUGGAGCUCUAGAAAUACUAGAGGAGAAGGAGAAGAAGAAGAAGAAGAAGAAGGGAUCUGGUGAUGGGAAUUCCUUGGAAAACGGAGAGCAGAAGCAUGGAAAGGAAAGAGAGGAAUUUGAAGCUAAUGGUGCGGUCGUGUCUGGAAAUGAUACUAAGGAGUCGAGGUAUGCAGCUUUGACGUCGUUUGUGGAAUCCGGCCUCCCGGACGAGGUUCUGGAAUGCUGCAAGAACUUUCGCCGACCUUCUCCGAUUCAGUCGCAUGCAUGGCCUUUCCUGUUGGAUGGCCGAGAUUUCAUUGGGAUUGCUGCUACGGGUUCUGGUAAAACAUUGGCAUUUGGUGUUCCUGCACUCAUGCACAUAUUGCGGAAGGAAAAUAGAAAAACAUCAAAGAGAGCGGUUCCUCUGUGUCUUGUGCUCUCGCCUACCAGGGAGCUGGCCCAGCAGAUCGCUGAUGUCUUGUGUGAUGCUGGGAAACCGUGUGGCCUGAAAUCAGUUUGUUUGUAUGGUGGAACUUCCAAAGGACCGCAGAUAUCUGCUUUGAAAUCUGGAGUUGACAUUGUCAUUGGGACACCUGGUCGUUUGAAGGAUCUGAUUGAAAUGGGUAUUUGUUGUCUGAAGGAGGUAUCUUUUGUGGUUCUCGACGAAGCUGAUCGAAUGCUUGACAUGGGAUUUGAACAAGAAGUUCGCUCCAUAUUGAGCCAGACAUCCUCUGCCCGACAGAUGGUAAUGUUCAGCGCAACAUGGCCUCUUGCAGUUCAUCAGUUAGCUCAAGAGUUCAUGGAUCCAAACCCUGUUAAGGUUGUUGUGGGCUCAGAGGAUUUAGCUGCAAACCAUGAUGUUAUGCAGAUAGUAGAGGUAUUGGAAGACCGAGCACGCAAUGAUCGUUUGGUUGCCUUGCUAGAAAAAUAUCACAAUUCCCAGAGGAACAGGGUAUUAGUUUUUGUCUUGUAUAAGAAGGAGGCAGCUCGGGUUGAAACUAUGCUUCAAAAAAAGGGUUGGAAGGUCGUUUCUGUGCACGGUGACAAAGCUCAACACGAUCGUACAAAAGCUCUUUCAUUAUUUAAAGAGGGAAAGUGUCCGCUAAUGAUUGCCACUGAUGUGGCAUCUCGAGGCCUGGAUAUUCCUGAUGUUGAAGUGGUGAUCAACUACAGCUUCCCUCUCACUGCAGAGGAUUAUGUUCACAGGAUAGGGAGGACUGGCCGUGCUGGUAAGAAGGGAGUUGCCCACACCUUCUUCAUGCAGGAAAACAAGGGCCUUGCUGGGGAGCUUGUGAAUGUCCUCCGAGAAGCUGGGCAAAUUGUGCCUGCAUCGCUUAUGAAAUUCGGCACUCAUGUGAAGAAAAAGUCCAAGCUAUAUGGGGCACACUUCAAAGAAAUUGCGGCUGAUGCUCCAAAGUCUACAAAGAUCACGUUCAACAAUUCAGAUGAUGAAGAUUGACUUCCCAAAGGCAAUGAGUUUGUUUGGAUGCGUCAGAUUCCAACCUUGCUCGAUCAUAAUCUUCAAGGAUCCUAAGCUGGCCAAAACAUGAGCAUCGAUUCAAGAAAGUGGACCUGAACGUGGAGUAUGUGUGAUUCAUAUAUUCACUGAUGCAACCGAGAUAAUUCUUUUGCUUGCUUUUAUUUUCUAUGUCAGUGCUACAAGGCAGGCCAGUCGUUGCAGCAGUUCCAGUACUGAGUUGAUGGAAACGGUGCUGAUUUCAUAAAGAUCGGUCCGAAUGAGUUUCGAACCCAACAAAACUGAGACGCUGAGAGUUGUACUGGCAAAAUUUUUGGAUGUCACGUAGUAAUUUCGUGACUAGGAGAUUUUUUUGUAAGAAUAUUCAGUUUAUAUUUCAUACGUGAUUAUUUACUGCGGUUGCCA